CCGGUUUGUAGUGGGAUAGCAUGGAAGGUAAACGGAUGAAGGCCAGCCCAGUCAACCGUAAAACACUGACUUACCUGUUUGCCCAGAGUCUCAGCCUCGGCAGCUGUAGCUGUGUAUUUACUUUGUCGUUUUCGCCUGUGUAACCCAUUUCUCACAAACAAACCCGAUAUUGAAGCCCAAACAAAAACCCAACCCCUCAUUUGGUUUUUCUGUUUAUUGCAGCCUUUUGUGCUUUGGGGGACGGGCCAGCUUGCCUGCUUUGCCUGCCCGUGCAGGGAUGCAAGCUUGCAUGUGACGGAGUAGCGGGCAGAGAAGCCCGACAACCCGACUCCUUUUCCCUUCUUGUUCACUCGAGUUCACGGGUCGAAAGCCGCUUCAACGCACCUUCACACUUUUUUUUCGAGAAACUUGCACGCGUGUAGAGGGGCAGGCGGGAUCCCACCAAACUUUUUCAACCGCCUUGCGAAGAGAAAGAAAUAAUAAUAACAACGGCUACCGGCUCCGUUCUAGCGUCGUUUGAUUACAAGGAUUUGCCAGUUCCUUCAGGAAUCAAGAGUUGAAACAGUCUAUUUCGAAGCCAUCAUAACAAUCUGGCGCGAUACUUUAAUCUUUUCCCCUCAGUUCUCGGUUGGCUUGUACUGUGACGACUGGCGGGAGGAUUUGCUUCAUUUCUUUUUGGAAAGGGGCCCUUAAUCUAAGCCUCAGCGCGACCUGCCUUCAGUGGGGGGCCAGUCUAGUUCUAGGGUGAACCGGCUCGGAGCCCUCAGAAGUCGGUACAAUACACCCAAAAACGGCAGAGAUGGCUGCUGUCGCGACAGUUACCAGCAGCAACCCGCCAAUCGAUGCAGGCAGAGUCGAAAAGUUGCUGGGGGAGCUAAAAUACCUGCAGUAUGAGCACGGGCUCGAAAAGGAGUACUUGCCAUCGAUACGCGCGCUCAUAUCCAAGGAUUUGAGUGAGCCUUACAGCAUCUAUGUUUACCGCUACUUUCUUUAUCAAUGGGGUCACCUAUGUUUCAUGGCGCUGAACCCGUCUGACGAUUCGCUCGUCGGGGUUAUCAUAUGCAAGCUCGAGGUACAUCAGUCACAUUCCCCACCAACACGCCGAGGCUACAUCGCCAUGCUGGCCGUGUCCGAGUCGUUCAGGGGUCACGGUAUCGCCACGGCACUCGUCAAGCAGGCGAUCGAAGCCAUGGCGGCUCGCGACGCUGAUGAGAUUGUGCUCGAGACGGAAGAGACCAACUUGUCAGCCAUGCGACUGUAUGAGCGGCUUGGUUUUAUGCGAUCCAAGAAACUGCACCGUUACUACCUUAACGGCAACAGCGCCUACCGGCUAGUUCUGCUGUUGAAGCACAUCGAUCCCGAUGCGGCUACAGACUUGGCUUUGGAUGAGAAUGACACUAGGUGAAAACCAUCGCCUUGCGCUGUUUUAUUUGCGCCUCUUCGGGGACUGCAGACAGGGACAUCUUAGUCACGCUCCGUAGCUUUUUCUCUGCUUGGUUUGUUCCUGGUGAUGUCUUACGUUUAAGCA